UACAACAUGUCAAAAUUGUACCGGUGACAUAAAAAGUAAAGCAAGCAAAAAGAAAAAUGUGUGAAAUUAUACGUUUACCGUGAUAAAAUGCUCGGCGUAGUGGUCGUGUUGUCCUGUGUACUCGCACUCGGCGCUACUAGCUCCGUCAACUACUGCGGCGCCAAGAUGUGUGGAAACACCAAUGCACAUACUUUCUGCCAGUUCCCUGACGGUCCCGGUCCACACUGCGUGGGUUAUAUCGAAGCCAAGCUCGGACCUGAUGAGAAGACGAGGCUGUUAGACCGGCUCAACAGUCGGAGGAAUGAGGCAGCCGGCGGGUUGCGGGGCUUCCCUCCCGCUGGAAACAUGCUCACACUGCGUUGGGUUGAGGAGUUGGCUCGUGAAGCCCAGCGCUGGGCAGACCAGUGUCGUCCGCCGCGGGCCAUUGAAGAACAUGAUGCAUGUCGUAAUCUGUAUUCGCUGACAGUCGGUCAAUGUGUGGCGUCGGUAGUGGGCGAAGCUCCAGGGCUUCGAGUGGAGUCUAUGGUCGACAUUUGGAAUAUACAAAGCAUGCAGUACAAAGGCAACGUCACCUUUUAUAUGCCCCCAAGUAACGGAGGCAAAUACUACGGUGAUUAUGCUCAGAUAAUUUGGGCGAAGAGUUAUAUGGUGGGCUGUGGUCGCAGUCGAUUUAUGACGCCUUGGCAAGGUCGCCUUCGAAGUGUGGAGCGUCUAGUCUGCAACAUAGCACCGUUCGGGCCCCAGCCGUCGCGCCCAUUAUGGGCCCCUGCCGCACCGACUGCUUCCUGCCCGCAUCGUUCAGCGCCAUCAACUAAAUGGCCUAACCUUUGUGAUUACCAACGAACACAUAACGAUACUGAACAGUUCGACUCAUCUACGACGCUUGAAGAACAAUUACUAUUGAAUACUGUAUUAGAAAUAGAAGAAAAUGAGACAUUAAGCUAUUUAGGUAGUAUAGAUGAGAUUUACUUAACCAAACUGGCUAUAGCGACAAUGGCGAAUACAUACAAUGAUUGGCAAAUGGAUAUGUUUACUACACAAGCAUAUUUCAAUUCGAAGCAAAGGAGAGAAGUUGUUGAUAUUCUAGAUGUUAUUAAGUUCCACGUUAAUGAUAGUACAGUUGCAAUUGUACCUCAAGUGAUAAAAACACAAAACUCAAGUUUCGUGAAAAACACUUUAACGGAUGCUGCAAAAACAGCGGUACCAUUGCAAACAGAAACAACUGCAAAAGUUACAAAAACCAAUGGAACAGGAAACGAACUAAGUUGGAUCGGAGGACCAGCUAUAUACAACUUGGACGAAUUGGCUGGUUUAGUUGCAAAUGCAGAAAAUAUGAAACUCAUUGAAGAACUACUUAAGAAACAAGAUUUUUAUGUUCAUGCGAACAAUGACAUUAAUGAAACAACCAGCCAUGAUGAAACUUCUAAGGUUUUGUUAAAUGUUACACAAGCUCCAAAUGCUACCGUCGUGACCGAAGCUCCAAUUAUCAUUGAUGAUUACGAAAAUAGUUUCACGGUUGUAGAUCCUGAAAAAGUGGAUGAUGUAACAAGUUUGGAUCUUGAUGAAACAUCCAAAACGUAUUUCAAUGAAUUUUUAAAUAGUAUUAAGCUGGAUAAUUCAAACACGAGUAACAGCGAGACUGGUAGCGGGAGUAGUGGCAGCGGCAGUGGUGACGUUGAAGACGAUGACAGUGAAAAACGUCCAGAUGCUAGCAAUUUGACGGACUAUUUUUAUGAUUAUCCUAUUGACCCCGAAACGGUUCGUCAGCUACAAGAGGCUUUGGAACAUAGUGAAUAUGAGUUGGAACAAAAGAAAGAGAAGCAAGUAAAGGUACGAAGAGAUCUGCGCGAUAGUAGCGAGAACGACCAUCAUAAAGAGAAAACAACAACGCAUAAGAAUGAAGCGCUUUCAACCAACGACCCUAAAGAUGGUGGUCCAUUGUUCAGUAUUUUCAAUUUCAUACCUUCUUUGUCAAACGAAUAUAGUUCCAGUGUCCCUAGUGCAGCCAGUCACGCCGUGCCGUCUCUUGUGAUAGUUUUAGCUUUGUGUUUGUAAAUGUUUUAGGUAUAUUUUAGAUGUAUAUUUCUUAUUACUUCUGUUUCGUUUUUCUUACAAAUAAACUUUUUUAUAUUAUUA